AAAAAAUAAUUUUAGAUGCACGAUCUAUUAUUAGAUUCGAAAAUAAGGAUUUAUGUAUUCUUGCCUAUAGUUGUAAUAACCUUCUUAGUUGGUAUCGUUCGACAUUAUGUUUCAAUUUUAUUAUUGUCUACCAAAACCGUUGAAAUACAGCAAAUUCAAGAUAGUCAAGCCCUAAUUAGGAGUCGGUUUUUGAGAGAAAAUGGUAAUUUUAUUCCUAAACAGUCAUUUAUCGCGAGGAAAAAUUAUUUUAAUAAUAUUGAAAAUGGAUAUUUUAAGAAUCAAAAGCGAAAACCAGUUGUGCAAAAUCCAAUAACAGACCCAGCUGUUAUGACAGAAAUGUUGAAAGGAAAUUUGACAAAUAUGUUGCCAAUGCUUGUCAUUGGUGGGUGGAUUAACUGGACAUUUUCUGGAUUUGUUACAACCAAAGUUCCAUUCCCUUUAACACUGAGAUUUAAGCCAAUGCUUCAACGAGGUAUUGAAUUACAAUCAUUGGAUGCUUCUUGGGUCAGUUCAGCAUCAUGGUAUUUUUUAAAUGUAUUUGGUCUACGUAGUAUAUACUCAUUAGUGUUGGGGGAAAAUAAUGCUGCAGAUCAAACUAAAAUAAUGCAGGAUCAAAUGUCAGGUGCAGCCCUUUCUAUGCCUCCAGAUCCUAAACAAGCAUUUAAAGCUGAAUGGGAAGCUUUAGAGUUGUGUGAACAUAAUUAUGCUCUUAAAGAUAUUGAGGAUAAAAUGAUAUAUAGAUCACCAUUGAUAUCAGAAGGCUAUUACCUCAAAUCUAGUUAUUAAUAUUAUUUAUUAUUAAUUUUAUUUAUUUACCAUAUUCUGCAUAUAAAUAUGAUAUAUUAUACUUUUGUAAUGUUAAUUUUAUCUAAUAUAAUAUAUAAUCUCCAUAAUGAAAACAAUUGCUUUUGUAUCAUCUUAAUGUAUCAACAUUUAAGGACACUAGAUAAUAUUGCCACCUACCACUAUCGAACCUGGAGAUUCUCAUUUAAAACUCUUUAUUUUUUUCAUUUUUAACUUAUAACUAUAAAAAAAUAUUUUGGAUCUUAAUAUAGUUAUUUAGAGUUUUUAAUUCAGAU